GGUGGUGGCAGCUGAGCCAAAGCGGAAGUCUCGGAAGCGAGAUGCACCACCUGUGCCAGCAUCGGCAGCUGCAGAAGAAGCUGAAGCAAAUGACGUCGACAGCUCUCUGGAUGCUGCUUCUUUUGUGGCAGUCGCGGAGGAUCUGAAGACUGAAAAGGUUCGGAAAGCCUUUGGCCUGCUCAUGGCAUCAAACAUCCCGGCUCUUGAGGUGCCCUUGGCAGGACGCAAGAGCUAUACGGUGAAGCCCAAGCCUGGGGCUCCACCUUUCGCCCGUCCAAUUGGGGUUGUGUUGUAUAGCAGCUCCUUCUAUGUAGGCAAGGUGGCCUUACCUCAAGACAGCUGGCCUGAGGAGUGCCGGAAAUUCUACAAAGUCGAUGUGAAGAAUGGUGUGACCAUCCCAUGGUACAAGGCUUCCAGCCCUGUGGAAAGCGAGCUGAACAAGAUCCGCACGGCCUGGAAGCAUGCAAUGGUUCUGGGUGGAUGGAUUGAUCCAUGACCAUGAUCGAGUCGAGGCAAGCUUCCAAAACUUGCAUGUUUCCUAUCCAAUCCAAUCGACCUCUUGUUGGUAAUUAGCUAGCUCAUGACGUUGUUUGUCUCCGUCCAGGCACUGUGAUUGAAAUCAACAGCCAAUAGGGCUGUUCAUUGGGGUUGGGGAAGUGCUUUGGAAGUGAUGUGCACUGUGUAUCUAGGUCUUGAAAUUCACUAUCUACACAUGAAAAAAAAACAAUC